AUGAAUAGUGUAUUCAGUGAGCAGAUACUUGCAGACAAGCUUUCGAAGCUCAACAGCACCCAGCAAUGCAUUGAAACUUUGUCACAUUGGUGUAUAUUUCACCGAAGCAAAGCAGAACUGGUUGUUGCAACAUGGGAUAAACAAUUCCAUAAUGCACAGAUGGCUCAGAAAGUUCCGCUCUUGUAUCUUGCAAAUGACAUCCUACAGAACAGUAAGCGUAAAGGAAAUGAGUUUGUUACUGAAUUUUGGAAGGUUCUUCCAGCUGCACUCAAAGUUGUUAUUGAGGAAGGUGAUGAUCAUGGAAAGACUGUUGUCUCUAGAUUAGUUGGAAUAUGGGAAGAGAGGCGAGUAUUUGGGUCUCGUGCCCGGAGCCUCAAAGAACUAAUGCUUGGGGAAGAAGUGCCUCCACCCUUGGAAUUCAACGGCAAGAAGCGCUCACGUUCAGUCAGAAUUGUAAAAAGAGAUUCACGCUCUAUCAGAACGAAACUUUCCAUUGGUGGUCCAGCUGAGAAGAUCGUAUCUGCAUUUCACUCAGUGAUCAGUGAACAUCCCACUGAAGAUGCUGAGAUGAGUAAAUGCAAAUCUGCAGUUCAUCGUGUAAGGAAGUUGGAGAAAGAUGUUGACAUAGCCUGUACUAAUGCAAAGGAUCCAAAGCGGAAAACUUUAUCAAAAGAACUAGAGGAGGAAGAAAAUCUUUUGAAGCAAUGUAUUGAAAAACUUAAAUUAGUUGAAGCAAGUAGAGUAGCGCUUGUAUCUCAAUUAAAAGAAGCUCUGCAUGAACAGGAAUCUGAACUGGAGAAUGUUCGGACUCAUAUGCAGGUAGCACAGGCACAGGCAGAAGAAGCCACGAACAUGCGAAAUCGACUCAAUGAUGAAGAUUAUGUAUUUAAACCAUCAAGUGCGACUAGUCCACCGACUGAUGGAAAUUCUAAAGGGGGACAAACACCUAGGAAAUCAGCUGCCGCCAUUGCAGCUUUGGUUGCAGACAAGCUUGCUGCUUCUAGUUCUUCUCAAUUGAUUAUGACUUCUGUUCUUUCUACUUUCGCUGCUGAAGAAGCGAAGAAUGCUGGUCUGACAAAGCCCUCCACGUCUUCAAAUUCAUUCACAUCCAUGCCCAAGAGUUCGGGGACUGAUUCAAUGUCCAAACCUGAAAUGUCCAUGCCAGUUUCAGAUGCCAAUGUUUUUAUGUCAGCACAGCCGCCUGCUGUGCCGCAAAACCAUGCAUACCAAUCAGCGUUGGUUCCCCAACCUCAGAAUCAAGCCCCCACCUCUCAAGGUCAAUUUCACAUGCUUCCAAACCCACCCUCCCAACAAUAUUUACAGCCAGCAGGAGGGGUCAUGAGCUCAUAUGGUUAUGGGAGCAUUCCACCUUUGCCUCUAGGACCACCACCUCCCCCGCCUCAUAUGGUGAGUCCAAUGGUGCCUUUGAACCAACAGCCAUUGCAAAUGAAUCAACAGGCUGUACAAAUUACCCAGCAGCAACCAAUACCCUUAACUCAGCAACCUCCAGCUCCUAGUUUCCGGCCACUUCAGCCACCCGGAAUGGUGUAUUACGGUCAUCCUCAUAAUUCUCAGUGA